AUGUAUCCUCUAGGCGGGACAGGUGAGGCAACACAGCAAUGUGUUGCCUCUUCAAAACUAUUGAUUGGGCUCCCGGAAGGAACACCAUGGGUUAAAUAUACCAAUAUAAACAAGCUAAAGAAUAUAGUAGAUACCCAGUGUCGAGACUGUUGUGCAGAUAGUUCCAAGAGCCCCUUUUUAAUAGUGACCUGCGUAUCUGAUACCGAUACCUUCUUAAGAGACUUCGAAAAAGCCUAUCCUGAUAAAGGUCCCCAUAUAACUUGCAAUCUCCAAGAAAAUCCGGUUAUUAUUCUCGAAGUCAUGACACAUCUGGCACACGAAUUAGCGACUAGUCGUCUACAGCAUUUUACCGAAGCCAGGAUUACUCAGAUGAGCCUUGAAGACCAACUUAUUGCUAUCAAUCAGCCCGAAAUAACGAGCUCUAAUGGUGCCUGGAAGAAGAUCCCUGACCUUGGAUAUGCCCUAAUAGGCGACCUGGAAUGGCCUGUACUUGUAAUAGAGACAGGCCUAUCGGAAACUAAGGAAAAAUUAGCGAUUGAUGCCCAGGGAUGGUUAGAGGCGCAUGGGUCUAGGACCCAAGUUGUUAUUACAAUAAAAAUCGACCAACGUUCUCCAUAUCUUACUAUACAGCGCUGGGAGCACUAUCCUCUAUCUCGACCUAUAACCCGUUCUUUCCAACUAAGUGGAUCAAUACAGACGGUUGAGAUAAUUCAUAAAAACGGCAUUACAAGAGCUACAGGGGAGCUCACUAUCCCCUUUUACAAAGUAUUCCGCCGCGCGAAACACGGCCGUGGAGAGACCGAUAUCAUUAUUGAGAGGCAUGAACUAAUAAAAGUGGCCGAGUUUGUGUGGAGAGCUCAGGGUUUUAUGUGA